CACAGUCUUUUGUUCUCAGAGCAACAAAUCGAAGUUGGUAAAUUAUUCAUAUUUGUUGCUAAUCCUCUUCAGUACUCAAAAAUGGCAAUGCAACCUGCAAUUGUUCAAGCAAACUCCCAAAAACAAAUCCUUACUACUCCGUUCUUAUUAAGCACACCUAGUACUAAGCUUAACGACAGUCGUUUUGCUUCCUUUUCCUUGGCUAAGCCAACAACUUUUAGAAAACUUAAAGCAUGUGCAUCAACAAAAUCUGAGACAGAAGCUCGUCCCUUAGCCUACUUUCCUCCUACUGUAUGGGGCGAUCGACUUGCUUCUCUUACCUUCAAUCAACCGGCAUUUGAAUUAUUAAGUAAACAAGUAGAGUUGUUGAACGAAAAGAUUAAAAAAGAAAUGUUAAACGUCUCUACAAGUGAUUUAGCAGAGAAAAUCAUUUUGAUCGACUCAUUGUGCCGUCUCGGAGUAUCAUAUCACUUUGAGGAGGAGAUUCAAGAGAAUCUAACUAGGAUUUUCAAUACGCAACCUAAUUUCCUUAAUGAAAAAGAUUAUGAUCUCUUCACUGUUGCUGUAAUAUUUCGAGUAUUUAGACAGCAUGGUUUCAAAAUCUCUUCUGAUGUGUUCAACAAGUUCAAGGAUAGUGAUGGUAAGUUCAAGGAAUCCCUACUAAAUGAUAUCAAAGGCAUACUGAGCCUUUUUGAAGCUACACAUGUGAGCAUGCCUAAUGAACCCAUUUUAGAUGAGGCCUUAGCUUUCACCAAGGCUUUCUUGGAAUCCUCUGCGGUUAAGUCAUUCCCUAAUUUCGCAAAGCAUAUAAGCAGUGCACUAGAGCAGCCGGUACACAAAGGCAUACCAAGGCUAGAGGCAAGAAAAUAUAUUGAUUUAUACGAGGUCGAUGAAAGUCGAAAUGAAACUGUACUAGAGCUUGCAAAGUUGGAUUUUAACAGAGUGCAGUUGCUACACCAAGAAGAAUUAAGUCAAUUUUCAAAGUGGUGGAAGAGUUUGAAUAUUAGUGCAGAGGUCCCAUAUGCAAGAAACAGAAUGGCAGAGAUUUUCUUUUGGGCGGUUUCUAUGUAUUUUGAACCUCAAUAUGCAAAGGCUAGAAUGAUCGUCUCCAAAGUCGUAUUACUUAUCUCACUCAUAGACGAUACAAUUGAUGCAUAUGCCACUAUUGAUGAAAUCCACCGUGUUGCAGAUGCAAUCGAAAGGUGGGAUAUGAGAUUAGUCGACCAACUGCCAAAUUACAUGAAAGUAAUCUAUAGAUUAAUUAUCAACACAUUUGAUGAAUUUGAGAAAGAUUUGGAAGCAGAAGGAAAGUCCUACAGCGUCAAGUAUGGAAGGGAAGCGUAUCAAGAGCUAGUGAGAGGCUAUUACUUGGAGGCGAUAUGGAAGGCGGACGGAAAAGUGCCAUCGUUUGAUGAGUACAUAUAUAAUGGAGGGGUGACCACUGGACUGCCUCUUGUUGCCACUGUAUCUUUUAUGGGAGUAAAAGAAAUCAAAGGAACUGAGGCAUUGGAAUGGCUAAAAACCUAUCCAAAACUCAAUCAAGCUGGUGGUGAAUUUAUCCGUCUGGUGAAUGAUAUAACGUCCCAUGAGACCGAGCAAGAUAGAGGACACGUUUCAUCUUGCAUCGAUUGCUACAUGAACCAAUAUGGAGUGUCAAAAAAGAAAGCAAUGGAAGAGAUGCAAAAAAUGGCUAUAAAUGAAUGGAAGAAAGUAAAUGAGCAACUUAUCAUGCGGCCUACAGAAGUAGUACCAGUGGACCUCCUCAUGAGAAUUGUUAAUCUUGUUCGCCUAACAGACGUGAGUUAUAAGUACGGAGAUGGAUACACCGAUUCAAAACAAUUGAAAGAAUAUGUUAAGGGAUUGUUCCUUGAACCUAUUCCAAUUUGAAGUCAAUUUCCAUGGUUAUGCCAUAUACAAUAGUAUGCAUUUUCACUUUAUAGGAAUGCGUUUUUACGCUAUUUUUUAUAUAUAAAGAAAUUUAUUCCUUGCAAUUUAAAGAAAUUAACGAAAAGGAAUAUUUUUUUUUCUUUUUUCAGUAUAUUGUAAUAUUUCAGAGCAAUUGUCAAGUGAUAUUCCCAUCAAACUCAAGAUUUUCGAUAAAUUUUUGUAUU